GUUUGCUCGCGCUGUCCGCGCAGCUCACUCGUGUGCACAAAUCUACGCUGCUCCCAAUGAAACCCUUUGCCGAAAAUAAUUAAGACCAUUUUCGAUCGGCUAAAUCGGUUUAACUGUCGCUUUUAAACGACAGAACAUCGCGUUCGCAUGGUAUGCGCAUUGCGAUUUGAACGUGCGAUUGCUUCACUCUGUUAGGCCUUCUUAACAGAUAACUGUGAAGGAACGUGUGUGAGCCUCCAGUGCUCGGAGCGACUUGUGUUAGUGCUAUCAGUGGUACGUAAUUGGAGCAUGUGUUUAGUGGAAAGUGUCAAUUCACCUGUUUCGUACGAGCCUGUGUUACGUUUCACUGAACGCGAUACAAAAAGUGGUUUUGUGAUCGAGCACAUGUGACUAGGGGAGUAUUGAUACACUGCUUUCCCCUGACUCACAGUUUGAUUUAUGGCUUGUCCUGCGAUCACCCAGCACAAGAGUACCAAGAGACGCGGACAAGAAAAUGUGACCACCGACCAAACAACCAAAACGAAAUGCAAGCUAUAUAUUCAUGAGUCUUGGCACAAGAUUACAUGAUUGCAGCCUAUUUAUAUUUCCCGGAAACCAACAAAAUGUCUGCAAGUUUUGAACACACCGCUAUGAAGAGCAGUUUCUCGCUGUCGUCACUGAGGAGCGCGCCCGCGCCGCCCGGCGGACCCUGCGAACAACUCGAGCGGCCUUACCAUAGCCUCACUAAGAAGAGGAAGGAGCCGUGUAGAGAAGCCUGGCGCCGGAGUUGGGGCUCGACAGCGAGUGGCGGCAGCGCCGGCGACGAUCUAUGGCCGCUACUGCAACGACACUACGACUACAUCAUGGAUAACCAGAUCAUCGACAGUUGCAAGGAAGCAAACGGCGAAUUACUAUCACAUAAUCCGUCAGCUUUGCUGUCUGGUCCGUGUCUACUGAACCCAACAUCGGGGUUCAACAGACAGUGGUCGCUGAAUCAGCUCGUAUCCGAAUUCGACGAGCUCUGCCAGUGGCUGACACACGUGCAGGAAGAAAUAUAUUCUAGUCCCGAGAAUUUGUCCAAUUGGAAGCUUAGAGCGAAUCGUAUGGCAGAAUUGGUGGCGGUCGAGCCGCGGCGUGCGAAGUUCGUUGAACAAGCGAAUGCUAUACUGGAGAGGAUACCUGAAGCCAACGGAGAGGUGACCUGGCGUAUUGAGCACUUGAGGAUCAAGUGGGAAGCCCUUCGUCUGCUGCUCAGUCCGGAACAACCGCAUCUUGACGGCGAGAAUCCUGAUACAGUUGACACCGCCCACGAGCUACGUUGCCUUCGUAGAUGGUUGCACAGCAUGGAAGGCCGCCUUCCACCACCCUCGCUUGCUGCAGCCCGCUCAGCCUCCCAUCACGAGCUACUCAGGAAAUUGAGAGAGCACCAGGUAUUACAACGCGACGUGGAAUGUCAUGGACGUAUAGUCAGCUCAGUGGUGCGGUUGUGCCGCGGCGGUGACGCAGCCCGCGCCCUAGAACGACGCUGGCAUCUCCUGUACCUCCGAGCCAUCGAGUGGCAGUGUCACCUAGAGGCCUGUUUGACCAAGAUUAACACUCAGGGUGGAACAUCAAUUGAAGCUGUAAGUGACAGUGAUGACGAACCGGCUCUAAAACAACCGAGACUCAGCAGAAAAGGCUCUCCGCGGAGUCCAAGAAUACCGAGAAGUCCACGUAGACAACGCACUCCGGUUAAUGCUCGCUGCAGAGAAAACUCUACUGACAGUCGACAGUCAGCAUCAGAGGAGGAACAAGAAUAUGUACUGACGUAUACGUGGAGGGGAUUCGGAUCUGACUGCGAAUCGGAACUGAUGAGGGAACAAAGCAACAUGGCAGACGAGAGGAGAGUACCCGGCUCGUUUGAGGACAUGGACGUAAGAACCACUGACCAGACUGUACCUGUCACUGUUGACCAACUUGACGGCCUCGAUAUAAACAGCUCAGUUAUUAUAGAGGAGAAACUCAAAACGCCACCGACAGUGAUUAAACGUAAGAAACCAAUAGACACGUCGAAAUUCAAUCAGACCGAUCGAAAAUCCAAACAUCUAGCAAUCUUCUACUUCAAACACCACGAUACGGAUUCAGACAGACAAGUUAUUGAAACGGACGAAAAAAGCCAAGAGGAAUCUUCCGAAGAAGAGUGGACGUACGUUGGCGGUGCUAAAAUAGCCAACGAAGACUCAACUGAUCUGAUGACGUCAUCUGUGGAAAUACAAUGUGAGCUACCAGUUGACAAUCAGAAAGACACACCGGCAUCCCCGAAACUGAAACUAGAAUCAUCGACGCCUGAUUUACUGCGAGUCGAAAAUACUAGAUGUAAAGACAUAGAGAGAUUAGUGAACCAGGCUGAAGAAAUGGUGCAUAAAAAGGCUAUGGCAAAGAAGAAGGGAAUUAGGAACUUCAAGCCAUUGAGCUUGGAAACUGACGGAAAAAAUGUUAGCAGGAACAAAAUGUCCAGGAUCAAGGAAUGGCUGAAUCAAAGUCCGGAUGGAAAGAACGAAAACAAUCAGAACACGGAAAGCUAUGAUGCGUCUGGCGAAUACACGACGGAAAGCGAAGUGGACACAUCACUUACAUCUGAAGAACGGAACCUACACUCCUCCAUGGAUAUGAGCACCUCCACUUGUACAGUAACGCCGACACAUCAUGCCAAGGUUACAUUAAGAAAGAAACGCGCCGGUAACAGCACUAGGCCUUGGUCCGUAUCGUGUUUGUCUCAACUGAGCGGUGCGGGCGCAUCCCUAGCCGCCACGCCGACAGCGGCGGACGCGCCGAACAUGACACACAACAUGUCCAUAUCGGAAUCUGCGCUAAACACGCUAGCCUCCCCGCAUACAGUCACGCCUUCGAACUCUAACUCGAAAUUAAGGGGCAGCUCUACAACUGUACAGGGUCACGUAUCAAGCACGAACACAAUGACGGAAGCCUGCACGUCGUGCGUCGAAGCCAACGACAAACAGUGCUGGUUACGGCGCAAGCGUUUCAAGCUCCGCCGCCACAACGCACCGCAAAAUUCCAGGAGGGAGAGGCUGGUCAAGUCUCUGUCGUUCUGCGGAAGGCUCAGCCCUGAAAUAGAAGAUAAAAAUGAGAGGAGCGCCGCGAGUGACCCGGCUACAAGAAAGAGCAGGUUCGACACGACCUCAACCUCGGGCAACGACAGCGACGAGGAACUGAUAAAGCAACAGUUGGCAGCGAUGGCGAACCUACGCAAGAGCAUCGAGAAGACCCACAUAUCGACACGCGAAGACGGUGCCAUCCCGGAGCAGAACGAACAAAACGAUCCAGAAAACACGUCCAAACCCGAAUUCAAACUCGGGCCGGCCGGCGGAACGGUUCGACCGAGGUUAGCGAGGAGCUUGGAAAGGGAACGGAACUUCUUGGCGCUAAGCCUCGGCGAUCCGAACCAGCUCUGGGAUCUGAGUUUGGACAAAGAUUCGGACGUGGACAAAAGCGUGACGGCUGGCACAGAAGAGCACAGCUCGUUCUCGGAACAAGCCUGGGACUUUUAUCAAGAAAAAUACAACUCUGAACCUUACUCCGAAGCCCCAGAUUCUGACGCCGCACGUCGGUUGCUCGAGUUCGGUGACGACUACCGAGCUUUCUUGGAUUCACAGUCGGACUGCUGCUCUAGCUUGUCCGCACAACCAGAACACGAUCAGAGCCCCAGUGGUACUCGAAGAAGGCGACCUCCCUCCGAAAUGUCCAGGGAGAGAAGCUUACCGCGUCACAAGCGUCCCACGAGAACCUCCCCGGUCGAAACGCCUUCUAGAAAGCCCAAAAAGUCGAUGUCCAGCGCUGAACGCAAAAAAACAUUACUCGACAGCCUAGAGAGAUCGAGGAACAACACUAGUCUAGAGAGCAACGACGGAGUCCGGCGCCGGAAGCCAUCGGACAUGGAACGGAAGAAACACUCACCAGAAUUCGACUUGCUCAACGUGCAGGCUCUCGGCCGCCGACGUCACAGCUCCAACAUGACCAGCGACGAGGUGAACAGCUCGCUCGAGUACACCGAAGUGAAUAACAGACCGGACAUUCUGGACUCGCUGAACCGACGUCGCAGGACCGAGAAAGACGGGGAGGCGGAGUUGCAAAAGGUCGCGCUUUCUGAACUGAGGCGGCGAUCCACAGAGAGCAUUGAUUCUGAGGACGAGACGUCGAGUCCCAAGAAGCACAGCCGAAGGACGUGGACGGACGAAUCGGAGUCGGAGGCGGAGGAAGUGAGGUCCCUGGUGCGGCGCUCGAGCUCGGCGCUGGACGCCGCCGAGGCGCUGCUGGAGCGGCACGAGGCCUCGCCCGACCUGCUGCGCGCCUUCGACUACACGGAGGUCGUGACUCGUUGUCGCGAAAAUAUCAACUUACUGGAAGCGAGUUUGGCUGGUGGUUCCCUUUCUGCGACAUUGCAGCGCGAUGUUAGAGCGGUGUCGGCUCGUUGGUCGGCUCUGCGUGCAGCCGCCACUCGUCGUGGUGGAGCCCGGCGACUCCGCAGGGAAAUGGCAGCGCUUCGGGAAACGCUCGACGAUAUCUGUGACCCUGCAGACUGCGCUCCCCAACCGCACACAAGAGCUCAACUACACAGGAGAAUCGAAGAGUUAAAGGAUCGCCUAUCGCGUCUUUUAGAAUGCAAAGUUUCAAUGUUGAAAUUGACGGUCUCUGUACGUCGGACUCUCGGCGAGAUGGAGUCAGAUGAUAGCGGUCUCGCUACUGAAUUGGCAGCGUUAUUAUCCGCAUGGGAUGAUGCGCAUCAACGGACUUCUAAUGAACUUCUCUCCUUGGAAAAAGCAAUAUGUGCUUGGGCCGAAUGGGAGGGUGCGCUCCGCGAACUUCAAGGGGAAUUGAGGGGAGAUCUAGCUACUUUGGAGGCAUUGCGUGAUCGUGGCACAAUCGUUGGUGACCAAACCGAAGUCGCCACUCAGAUCAAACAAUUGGCCGCAUCUCUUAUAGAGAAAAAGAAGGGUAGUUCAACAUGCGACUCCCUCUCGGACUCUGGUAUAUCUGACGGAGAUAGUGAAGGUGUUGGCAGACGGGCGAGACGUCUGGGUGCUCUGAGAGAGCUGGCGCGUCGUUUGCAAGCGACUUUAGCUCCGAAUUCCCCAGCACACAGGGCUAUUGCCAAGCGUAUGGAACAAACCGAAAACGAAGUACGCACCUUACAAGCGUCUUGUAAAGCGCUGGUUGAACAAAACAUACCGGAACUUAAAAUUGACGAUGACAUUUCUGUUUAUUUCAGAGAAAAUAAUGUCGGCCCAGUAGCUGGCAGUAAAACUGGCUCGGGCGAUCCCGACUACAGCCCUCGAGGUGGAUGGGUGUGGCGUGUAUUACGUUCAUCUCUCCCCAUCCAACUGUGCCUUGUCGCUUUAUUGUUAGCCGCUUGGUUGGUUGAACGUCCACGAUGCUGCGAUGCUCUUAACUCCCUUGCCCAAUCGUUAACUCCUCAACUAAGAUACGUUCGAGGACCUCCUCCAGUUUGAGAAGCACGAUAAAUAAAGUUGUGGUUAAUUAAGCUAGAAUUCUAGCAGGAUUUUAUGGAUAUAUAGACACGGCAAAGGGUUAUAGGCACAUCCCAGUAGCACAAUUUGUGUGAUGCACUUUUGUAUUUGCCAUCGAGUGUGUUCCGAGUUUUAGCUACGUAAAUGACGAAUGGUAUUUAGACAAUAUCUAAUUCAAUUUAAGAGAAAAGUAGAUUUUCUUAUGGAUGUAUGAGACUAUAUCUAGAUGGUUUUUGAUGACUUAAUGAAAUGCCUGUUUUAUAUCUUUAUUUAAUAAUUGAAAGUUUAAAUAGAGAAAGGACAGUAAAUAGGUUUGAUUGACAUUUACUAACAUAUAGUUAUGGAUGUACCUUAAGGUAUAAACGUAGUAGAAGAAUAAUGAGUGAUAGUAGAACGAAAGACUAAGCGGGUCGCUAUCACGACGAACUCGCCGACAUUAGCUUAAGAGAACCGUAAAAUUCAAAUUGUUGCUCACAGCAAAAAAAGUUCAAAUAAAUAAAAAUGUUCCAAAAAAAAAAAAAGAUUGUCUGUAUCAGACGAAGUUCAAACUAGUUUUGUAUUUUAGUAUUGAUUUUAUCAUAAUACUAACAUUUAACGAGAACGUAGGCUAGAAAGCAUGCCUAUUUUAGUACAAUUAUUUUUUUUAGAAUACUAAGAUAAGAAUGCGAGUGUGAGUGAUCUUUCUAAAGAAAAAAAAAGACCUACAUAUCUUUAUAGGCUUUUAUAGAACAGCUAUACACUGUUAAGAGAUACUAGUGCGUUUUCAUUUAUUCUAAUUAAAAACACUACAAAACAAAUCGUUCUUUAAGCUCCACAGAAAGAAAAGACUGAUAAAAUGUAAAUUGCAAUGUUAACUUUUCAUAAGUUGGUCAAAACUGUAUUGCCAUUUUACCUAGUACCUUAUUUAUAUAUCUAUUAAGAUUUUCCAUUUCGUUAACAUAUACAAUUACUUGUUUUUAAAUAGCAACCUAAUUCAUUCUAUAGAAACAAUGAAGUCAAUGUAAUUAAACACAAAUCAAAACAUUUUGUUCUUCAAAAUCCGGACUGAACAUUUAAUGUACCUUAACUAUAAUAAAAAAAGAAAUAUGUAUCCACUCUCAGCUAGUUUUAACUAGUUUAAUAUCAAAUAUCUCCAUUACUGAAAGAAAAAAUGCCUGAAACGUUAUGAUACUUUCAAAUGAUUAUUUAUAUACAUUUAUGUUCCAACACAUACAACAUCAUGUGUAAAUAGAACUCUGUUCAAUUCUCUUCAGAAAAUAAUUUCCGGUUUUUAUAGAUUUUGCUUUUGAACAUUUUGCCAUUUCACAAACUAUACAGUAUUAUAUUACACCUUUGUGCACAGCUAGUGAUUUAUGUAUUAAGUUAACGAAGAUUUUUUAGCUGUCUUAACAUAGAGAAAAUAUAUAGAUUAAAUGAUAUACAAUUUUUAUAUUAAAAUGAAGCACAUUAAAUAAAGAUAUUUUUGACUCAAAAUACAAAAUGAAAACUGGCUGAGAAAAUAAGGAAGAUAUAAACGUUGCAAUCCCCUUUCAGAACACAUAACCAUUCAUAGCAAAGUCAUUCUUCACAGCUGCCAUACAAAAACCAGAAGAAAACUGGCUUUGCUCAAUUUGGAAAAUCCACUCUUAAUCCUGACCACAAACAUAAAACGCUUAUAUUAUCUCAGAAGUUAAUUAGCCAAUUGGUUAUUCAAAACACAACAUGUGUGAUUUAAUUGCAUUCUUCAUGAGGUCUUUUUGUUUUAAUUAAAGUUACCCCUAAGCGACCUAAUUGUAAUUUGAACUACUUUUAUCAGUUUUAAAAGAAUAAUAUGAUCAAAUAGUUUUAGCCCAAAUUUCACAUAAACAGAUUCAAAUAUACAGAAUUACUCAUGUUUACAGAUUAAACAAGACUGACAAAAGAAUUAACCAUGAUUUUGUAAGUGUGGAAAAUGUAUAUUUUAUGUUCUCUCCAUUACAUUUAAAAUAAAAUUUAUCUCCUAUUCAUCUUUAGCUAUUAAUUCAUGAUUGAGAAACAAUUUAAACUCCUGUUAUUUACUUGAUUUGUGCACAAUUAGGAGAAUACUUUUCAGUUUUCCUGAACAUUGAUAAAAUAAAUACAAAAUGAAACCAUAAAAAAUUAUUCAAACAUUCUUACGACUAAGAAAACUACGAAACUGAUUAUUAAAGAAUAAAAAUCUAUAAGUAUAUUUGAUUUUGUGAAAUAAAAAUCAAGGACAUUAAUUUUAUUAUGUAUUAUUGAAUUGUUUAAUUGAAAUUGAAAUGUGAAUCAGAUUAUAAAUUCUUAAUUUUAAAUGACAAAUUAUUUAAAAAAAAAUCAAUGACAAUCUACUUUAAUUAUUUAAACUGGUAAUUUAAUAUUAUACAUCUUGGCCUAACCGACGACAAAACAAAGUACCAUCGAUAGAAGACUAUAUAGUUAUGUGUGAGUUGCUUGAGACACCUAGUCUGAAUCCGUACUGGCCAGGUGCAGGCGAGCGUCUUUAACGUAAUUACAACAAUAAAUUUUAUUUCAAACCAAAUCAGCGAAACCAUUACAUUUUAAUGAUUGAAAUUACGUUUUUAUUUUGAGAUUUUCGACUCGGGCCACAUCAAACAUUCAGAGAAAAUUGCAACUGAAAAGUUAAACACAUAGGUAGUAGGUACGGUACGGUAGGUACCUACUUAGCUAACUUAUCUAUUUACCCUGUCGUAACAAGUGAUAAUGGUGAAAAGGGACGUCAAGGGAACCUUUGGCACACUGAAUAAAAAAUUGGGACUAGCCUGCACUCGGCCAGAUAUGCCAGCAAUGUAGAGUUCAGGCAAAACCACACCUAUGACUACUGCUUUCCUACCUACGGCCCACGCGCAUUUAUUACCGACAUUACGGAAUACAAUAUUAUGUUAUCGUGAACGAAAAAUAUUUUUGAGUCCUAAGUUUUUGUUUUAAUAAAUGGCUCAAUGUUAAACUGCCUUAAAACAAGUUUGAAUGUGAGAGUGACUUAAUAUUUACUUAUCAAAUAUAAAAAAAAUAGGUCUUUUAUAACCUAUAAGAUGUUUGUCUCUAGUAUCUAAGUUAAAUUAAUUUCGCUGCAGUUUUCAAAAUAAGAACCUUGAAAUCACGCCGUGUGACAAUAAUGUAAACAGAUGCAGCGAAAGUCAUUCUUCGAUGUUAUAUUGGCAGGGCCUUUAUAGUGUGUCAUAUUUCUUUUAAUUUCCUAAUUUAGUUAAUCGAUAUAAUUGAAAGAAAAUAGACAUGCCUAUGAUGUGCAUUUAAUUUUUCGUUCUGCAGUUAAAGUUGUGAAGGCAUUUUUAUUGUAUGCGUUGUGGCAUGUUGGCUUUUGGAAUGGAAAUAAAAAAUUAUAAUAUAA